ACAAAGUGUGCAAGACAAAAUGGCCUCCGAAAAGCUCCCGUGGGGGCUGAAGUCUGAGGGGAUUUCUCCGGGAGCCAUGAAGUCUUUUAAAGAUAAACAGAAGAACAUAUCAGAAAGCAAACUGAAGGCAUUUAACAUUGGCAGCAUGAACUUACCUAAGAAAGGAAUGACAAAGAAAGAACAAGAGGAGAUGAAGAAAAAGCAAGAGCAAGAAGCUGCCGCACAGGUUUAUGAGGAGUUUGUAGCAGCAUUCCAGGAGCCAGCCAAAGGAAGUAGGACCUGGGUGAAGGGAGGAGUGGUGCAGGCUGGGAAGGGAAGCACUGAUGCCAGUGCCCAAGAAAAAAGCCGACUGUACAAACCCACCUCCAAGCUGGCCGAGUUGGCUUCCACCUUCCAGUCUGUGAAAGAUGCUCAGAAGAAGAACAGAAAUGACUCAGAAGAGGAGAGGCCAAUGUCACUGAAGAAAAAGAAAGAAGCAGAGAAAAAGAAAACAAAUUUGGAACUUUUUAAAGAAGAACUAAAAAUGAUUCAGGAAGAGAGACAAGAGAGGCACAAGAUCAAGAAGCAGCUACGUGACAUGGCCGUGGACCAAGGUCUUCCGCCGGCCUCUGUCAGCCACUUAGAGCCUCCUGAGGUGUCUCCAUUUGGAAGACCUUCCAAUAUAUUUGGUGAUGAAAAAAAUUUAAUGUAUGACAAUGAUAGAGAGACGACCAAUCUUUAUCUGGGCAACUUGCAUCCUAAUAUGUCAGAGCAGCAGCUGUGUGAGUUGUUUGGUCGCUAUGGUCCUCUAGCCAGUGUGAAGAUCAUGUGGCCGAGGUCGGAUGAGGAACGGUCACGAGGCAGGAACUGUGGCUUUGUGGCCUUCAUGAACAGAAAGGACGGAGAGAGGUGUCUUAAUGCACUCAAAGGCAAGGAAAUCAUGGGGUUUGAGAUGAAGCUGGGCUGGGGGAAGGCAGUUCCUAUCCCUCCACAUCCUGUCUAUAUCCCACCCUCUCUGGCUGAACUCACCCUCCCUCCUCCACCCUCUGGCCUCCCUUUCAAUGCUCAGCCCAAAAAGAGGCCAGCCAACUCCAAUCAAAACCCUGCUGCAAAAUAUGGAGCUGCAAUUCCUCCACCAGGGGUCAACAUGCCAAGAGAGCCCCUUCUCCCAACUCCGCCUACAAACCCAGAGGAAAUGGAUAAGACGUUAGCGAAUGCAGUUGUGAAAGUGGUUAUCCCUACAGAAAGGAACCUGCUGUGUGUUAUCCACCGUAUGAUAGAGUUUGUGGUGCGUGAAGGUCCCAUGUUUGAGGCCAUGGUCAUGAACAGAGAGCUCAGUAACCCCAUGUUCAGAUUCCUGUUUGAGAACCAGAGUCCAGCCCAUGUGUAUUACAGGUGGAAAUUGUUCUCAAUUCUACAAGGUGACUCCCCACACAAAUGGAGCACAGAGAAAUUCCGUAUGUUUAAAGGUGGUUCCUUCUGGAAGCCUCCCCCAGUGAACACCUACACCCAGGGGAUGCCUGAGGAGUUGGUCCAGGAGAUGGGAGACCAGCCCAAGAGAGGACAACUCACAGAUAGCCAGCGAGAUCGUCUGGAGGACAUGCUGCGCGACCUGACGCCAGAAAGAUGGAAGAUAGGGGACGCUAUGGUCUGGUGUCUGGAACAUGCAGAGUCUGCCGAGGAGGUCGUUGAAUGCAUUACGGAGGCUUUGUCCAUAUUACAGACUCCUAUCCCUAAAAAGAUUGCCAGGUUGUUUUUGGUGUCAGACAUUCUUCAUAACUGUAGUGCCAAGGUUCCCAAUGCCUCUUUUUAUAGAAAAUAUUUUGAAUCCAAACUUCCAGAAAUCUUUAGAGACGUUCACGACUCCUAUGAUAAUAUAGAUGGCAGGCUGAAAGCUGAACAGUUCAAGCAAAAAGUGAUGGCAUGUUUCCGUGCAUGGGAGGACUGGGCCGUAUAUCCUAAUGACUUCCUGAUCAAACUACAGAAUAUAUUCCUAGGUCUGGUUCCUCUAGACAAGGAUGACAUGGCGGAGUCAAAGGAGGAGGAAUUAGAUGGUGCACCUCUUCCAGACUUGGAUGGGGCUCCUAUUGACCUAGAUGGCGCCCCUCUCCCAGAGGCACGAGGAGACUAUGAAGGUGUUCCAUACAGUGACGACCUGGAUGGAAUGCCUUUGGAUAAGUCUGGGGAGGACAUUGAUGGCAGGCCGUUAGACUUUGAGCAGGCUCCCUCACCUCCUAAGUUUGUCAAGUCAAAGUGGGAAGAGGUGGAUGAAGAAGAAGUCAGAGCACAAGCUGUGACUACCUCCAAAUGGGACAUGUUUGAUCCUGUAGAUGAAGAAGACCAGGAGAAGCAGGGAGAAGAGGAAGACAUAGAUGGAAAGCCAUUAGAAGAAGAUGACAAGUCCAAUGAUGAUAGUGAUGAUGACAUGUCAACAGGGGGAGACACUGUACAAGAUGCUCCCAAGUUGGAAAUGACAGAGGAGAGAAGAGCAAAGCUCAGAGAAAUUGAGUUGAAGGUUAUGAAGUACCAGGAUGAGCUGGAGUCAGGUAGAAGAAGCAGGAAACCCAAUAUGGACAUACAAUCACAGAUACAGCACUAUAGGAACAAAUUAUUAACUAAGGAGAGAGAAAAAGAGGAAGACAGGCUACGAGAUAUAGAGCGAGAAAAACGGAGAGAGGAGGAACGAAUUAGAGUAAAAGAAUGGGAAAGAGCGAGAGAAAGAGAGAAGGAACGAAUGAAGGAAAAAGAAAAGAGGUCUCGUUCAUCUUCCAGUGAAAGUGAAGGCUCAUAUUCCAGGGACAAGAAGAGAGGCCGUAGCCGCAGUGUGUCUCCCCCAGCAGCUUACAGAGACCUGUCUAAGAGGUCAUACUCAAGGUCACCUAAUAGGAAAGUAAAGAGACCUGCCUCUCCACCUAAAAGACAUAGGUCAAGGUCGCGAUCUCCAAGUGGCAGCAGCAGUAGCAAUAAGAAGAAAAUGAGGUCAAGGUCAGGCUCAAGGUCACCUAGUCGUUCCAAACAUAAACACAAGAAAAGCAAGAGAUGAGAUGUCACACAGGAACAUUAGUGAUUGAGUGUAAUCUUAGGAGAUAGAUUUGAUACUAGUUCCACAUUGCCAGUUACUUGGCUGUCUGAUAUCUGUAUAUUUUGUAUAAAAUGCAUCUGUAACUAUGUGAAUAUAUGUACACUGGGAAUUGUACAGAAUGCAGGUGGUUAAUACAGAGAGCAGAUGGUUCUUAAACCUCUGAAGCUGUGGAGAAAGCCCUGUGGAGAGCCAUCUGCUACUGGAGGUGGUAGUGCUGGGCACCGUUACAUAUAAAGACUGUGUCAUUGCCUGGACUGAUCUCAACUAUCUAUGGAUGUAGUGCUUUGAAAGGUGAUUUAAUGUGAAAGCAAACUGUAGCAUUGAGCUGAUAAUAUACUCUGCUGUGAAUGUUAGGGUGAGUGAGCAGUGAGUAAGAGUCUUACUGCAGUCUUAAAGUCUAAAUGCUGGUCUUGAGGGUACAUCACUGCAGCUUAUUACUAUUUCAAAAUGAUGUUGCUUUUAAUAAAGGCAAUAUUUAGUUAAAGAAUAAUGCUGUGGAUUUUUAGUGUAUUAAUAGAAUUGGUAUGUCUAUUACCUGUUGAAGUUCCUAGAAAUUCAUCCACCUAACGUGCAUGCGCAGCUAACUGGAAUAUGUCGCUUCUCGUGAAGUCCUUCACUUUCAUAUAGAAUCAAUAGAAAUGUGAUACAAUGCAUGGAAUUCAUACAUUUAAUGUACGCAAGAUCCAAAUGUUUGACAUAACUGACGCUGAUCAAUAGGCAUUUAUUUUUCAGUGUUAUUUGUGACAUUUUCAUUGAUAGUUCCUCCACCAUCUCAUAAGCUCUGCCUCUAAAAUCUAGAUGCUCAAAACAAUUCACAGUUUAUGGUCCCUGCAAUGUAUUCAAACCAAAUGAUUGUCAUCUAUUCUUUCAAUAUUACAUUAAGGCAAAGCUUUAUGAUACAUGAAAAUAAAGAUCCUUUUACAGUA